AUGCUGAAUUCCAGGAGCAUGAAAAGAUUCUGUCUCCAGACUUUCUUUCAAUUGCCCAAAUCACUGAAAUGCUAGCAGAGGAUGUAGAUGGAGUUCAACGAAAACUGGAAAAGUUUUUGAAUUUCAAAAAUAUUCAAACGUGUUUAAAGGAAGCCAUUCUACUAGAUUAUUAUGUAUCUGGAUUUUUGUGGGCGAAAGGAAUGGAAUUUUCUGUUAUUCAGUCUUUAAAAUUUAUGACUUUACUAGAUAUGUUACUUCAUAAUCUUAGAACACUGCAUAUGUCCUUAGAAGACAGCAUAAAAUGGAUUGGAGAAGUUAUGGCUGAAAUAGGACCAUCCCAUUCACCAAAAAAUGAGGAAUGGAGUGUCUUUAAUGUAAAACAAGCCAAUGCUAUCAUCGAUUACUUAAAAAUCAGCUUAUUUCAACACUACAAGCUAUAUGAAUUUCUGUUCUACUCUACCAGGGAAGAAAUUGUGAUAGGAAGCGAGCAAAUGAUAGAGGUUGUCAAUCCUUCAGGUCGCUUUUUCCCUAAUCCUUUGGAAGAAGGACUCUCAUUUGAUAUUUACUCAACAUUCGUAGAGCCGCCCCCAACCCUGGAUACAGACAUGGAGGGGCUCAAUCAAGAACAAGGACCAGAGGAAUCCCACCCAGAAGCCAACUCUUCAGACACGGAUCCUUUAGUUGGUUUUACCAUUGAAGAUAUAAAGUCAGUGCUGGGUCAAGUCACAAAUGACAUUUUAAUCAGCAUUCAGACCGAGAUAAACGAAAAGCUCCAAAUACAGGAAGAGGCCUUUAAUGCACGAAUAGAAAAACUGAAAAAGGCCUGAGGACUCCGUACAAGGAGAGUGAUGCUAAACUUCACAGAAACAAACAAAACCAGAGGAAGAAUAGACUCUCUGAGAGGGUCAUAUUGUCUUCAUUUAGUUGGGAAAGGAAAACCAAACUCCAUUUUUUAGUCUUUUAAGUAAUUUAAAUAGUAUUGGCCCCAAUUUUACUAACUCCUCUCCUAUAACAGCUUCUGAAUUUAUUGAACUGUGUGUGGUAAGGACAUUUUGUAUACAAGAGUUUGGAGAAUGAUAUAUAAAAAUACAAGUACUUUUAUGAUACUCCUUUGACAUUUUGACUAAUAUAUGCUAUUCAUCUUCAAGGAUAAUGCACCCAGCUUCCUUAAAUAAAGAAAAAUAUAGCAAUUUUAUCCAUAUUGACCCAAAUGAACUGCCACAUAACAGGAGCCCUGUGAACAGAUAACCACUAUCAUCCUGGUAAGGAUAAAACUUGCUAAACAAUGGCAAUUCAAAUAUAUAUGCUAUGCUUUUUUUCUUCAAAUCAUUUGGUUCUCUUAUUUAAACAUUGUUUCAGUGUGAAACCAAUUUUCUGAAAUUAUAUAAUGCAGUCUGAAGCACUUUAAUUUAUUCUGUACUGUAUUUGUUAUUUCUAAUCUUGUUACUCUCCCAGGAGAAUUCAUGACCUAUAUAAAGAGAAGCAAUGUAUAAAUGGUUAUUAAAGACCAACCUAUAUAUAGACUGUAAAAAUCUUAAAUACAAAUCAAACUCACAGAGCUCUUAAAAUUAACCAUUAUAUUGCAGUGGGAAUGAUUGAGAACAUCUCAAGCCUUUCAACACCUUUAUUAAAAUAUAAAAGAAAAAUAUCCAUUUGCCAAGUGAUUGUCCCUAGACAAGUUAAAUUAAUUGCUGCAUAGAACCUUUCCAAAUUUUUUAGACUUCAGAGUAUUCUAAAAUAGAGAGCAUUGCUAGUUCUCUAUUCUAGAACACUAGGAGGGGGCUAGUUCCUUCAAGAAAAUUCCAGUUUACACUGGAACCAGAUGUCCUUGCAUCUGAGUGACACUUGGUAGAAUAUGUUCUGUCUGUGCUCUAACCUUGGGCUAUAACCUUACUUUCUCCAUCAGUAUCAAAGGUAUUGCCCAAAAUAUAUUAAUUUGAGAUAUAGACAGAUCUGACAGCAUUUGGCAAUUUUCUAACUACACUGAUCAGCAAAGUAAGAGUAGUCCUUAAGAUGAAGCCAUGAUUAUUAUAAAUGCAGCUUCAAGUCUGGAAGGCCUGGAGAUGAGAUUCGUUUCUUCCUUGAGCUGUCCUGCCUAAUUUAAAAUGUUGUUGGUCACAGGAGAUCACUAGGAAGGCUCCAAGUCUUGAUCCAUCAAGCUGUCUUUUCUCUAAAGAAAACAGGUGAAACUACAGUAAGCACAAGCAGUGAACAAAGUUACUUGUAGAAACCACCAAAUACUUGAAACACAAUCAGUGGCACAAAUGGACCUGCAUUGCUAAUAAAGAGUGCUUAUUUCGAGCAAGAGUACCAGGAGUCUAAAACUAAAUUAAAAAAUGGCAGUAGGAUCCCUAAAAACCUCAGAGAUACUGUGCUAUAAGCACGCCUAAAGCAUGCCUUUGGGCACUCCCAGGAUCUGAUACUGGCUUCAUCAUUGGCUAGUGUGUAACUUUGGACAAGCUACUCAAUCUCUAUUUGCUCAUCUGUUAAAUGGGGGUAAUACUUAUUUUUGAGGUACUUGAGAGGAUUCAGUAAAUUCAUGUUAAAGAGCA